AUUCACGUUCUCAAUAACAUCGCAACCAAGACCAAGAGUCCUUAUUACCCGUCAAUUCAAGCAUUGCCAUCGAUCUCUCAGACAUAUAAUACAAAUCGUGUUUAUUCAACGAUGCCCUCUCCAAAGGUUACAUCCACAGAAGAGCUAUCAGCUUCGGACGCGAAAUGGAUCACUCUCAAGAAGAUUAAUUACACAGAUCAGGAAGGUGUUCAGAGAGCAUGGGAGUGUGCAGAGCGCAAGACUCGUGGUUCAUCUGGUAUCGAUGCUGUCGCCGUUUUAGCUAUACUGCGUUCUAAGACGAACGCAUUUCCGCUCUCAACGGUCAUAAUUGAGCAAUAUCGUCCCCCAAUCGACAAGUACAUCAUUGAACUCCCUGCUGGGCUUAUAGAUGGUGGAGAAACUGCAGAGGAAGCUGCUAUUCGCGAACUUGAAGAGGAAACUGGUUAUGUGGCUGAGUCGGUGACUGAGUCCACGCCAGUGAUAGUUGCUGACCCAGGCAUGACGAACGCGAACAUGAAGUUGGUCAUUGUAAAUGUACCGAUGAAGGAUAAGUUGGAGACACCGAACUCCAAACUAGAUGCCGGCGAGUACAUUGUGAAAAAAGUCGUGGAGCUGGACAAAUUAUUUGAUGAGCUUAAAGAAUAUGAUAAAAAGGGUUUUGUUGUGGAUGCAAAGCUAUCCCAUUUCGCAUCAGGCUACGCGAUAGCUCAGAAAGUCCGCAACAGGGAGUUCUAAGUUAGUGGAAUAUGCAAUAUACAUAGUAGUUGUCGCGUUACAGUAUCUGCUGUCAAUUCUUUUAAAACCUCUUUGUUUAUCACUUUAACGAACGUUGCAGUACUGCCUCCUCAGUCCACAAUUUGAGUCUCUGGAUUUAAU